AUGGACAGGCUCAAGAUGAAGAGGACCACGCGACGGGCCCAGAACACCAAGCUUAUACAAGAGGCAAGUGCGCUACUUGAGAAUGAUGACGCGACAGUGCGACAGAUCGACUCGAUUUGUGAGAUGCUCAAGAGCAAUAACGAGGAGCUGAGGAAGAUUAAUGAUGAAAUGGAGAGCCACAUAAGUGACGAGGCAUUCGAGGCCGAAUACGCUACCGUAAUUGAAUAUGAGGACAACGCGACCCGCAUCUUAGCCGAGCUCCAGAGCAAACGCCGCCAGCAUAGCGAAACAUCUCCAGUGUCACCGCACAUCGAAGUUCGCGACGUGCCAGCGUCUAUGGGACCUUCUGAAAGGCCAGGAGCCAAGUUACCAAAGCUGACGAUUAACCCUUUCGCUGUGGAGAGCCUCGAAAGGAGUGACUUUGCAGAAGAGAAAGGAUACGACGAGGCGACUCAUCCUAAAGACAACGAGAGUCCCCACUUUCACAGUGCAGUCCCAACGUCAUCAGUACUUCACCUUCACUGUCAAGUUGCUAUAACUGCAACGAACUCGAGCUGCAAUUUCUGUAAAUCGACGCAGCAUUUGACAGAGUCAUGUAGCAUGGACUUAUCGCUGCAAGAGAAGAGGAAACUUCUUUCUGCCGACAUGCGGUGCUUUCGAUGCACAUGUAAAGGUCACCGAGCAAGAGAUUGCAGGCGUAGAGUCACAUGCUCGGGCUGCAAAGGUCGUCAUGCAACCACUAUGUGCGACCCAGAUAAGCUAAGGCGAAUGCAGCGGGAAGACAUCAAAAUGACCGGAGAAGUUUCCAGACCAGGAAACGAAAAAACGCUGACUACCGUGAAAAAGCGUGGGUGGACCUCACAAGGCAGCACGGAUCCCAAAUCAUCAAAGACUUUUCACUCCCGACUAACGGACAUGACCACCCAACUCGAAACUGCAGAAGAAUUCCGCGGAAUCAUCGGCGAGGAAAAAGGAAGACUCCAGCGAUAUGAGACCCGACUCGGAGAGCGUGUUCCAACACGCAAAAGUCAGAUGCUGGAGCCGGCCUUUCAUGCUAGCCAAAAGCGAGUCAUCCAGGCGAAGGAUUACGCACUGCAUGAAGCUCAAGCUCUAAGAAACGUGAACGAGCAGGCCACUUCAAUGGAAACUAAGAUGGCCGAGCUGCGACUGAAGUUGCGCGAGGAGCAGACUGCUCGUGAGCGGGAGCACAGAGCCCAUGAAAACAAGCUGAAGGAGCUUCAACGCUUGCUUUCUGAGAAGCAAACUUUUCGUGAGAACAUUGAAGAUAAUCUGGAGAAAGUCGUGAGAGAAGCUGCUCAGGCACACAUGACCAAGGAGUACGAGUCCAAAAUACAGAAGUUGACCCAGGAUUUGGACGGGGUGCGCAAGCGGCUGCGUGUGUCGGAGGAGAAGCUCACGCUGAUUUUCCCUGUGCUGCUCAAGAUGCAGCAGUUGGGCAUGGAACAAUGCGAGAUUGAGUUGGAGAAACAAAAAAGACAGCCAGGACAUGUCAUGGAGCACCAGCAGACGAUGAGAAGAGAGACAGAAAUGGGUAGCCUGGAGAAUCGUCUAAAGGAGUUGUCUCAGGCAGGAAGAACACAUGAUUGGUUGCGCAUGCAAGACUGUGCUGCCAUCCAGCAAGUUCAAGAGCGUCCCUCACUGCCCACACGAGAAGACGCAACCUCAUCAAGUGCUGCAAGAAUCGGACCCAAGAAUACAGAACUGCCUUCCCAGCAAAUAAAACCUGAACGUGAGGACAUCGCUGGACCGUUAUGGCAACAGGGGCCUGCUGCUGAAACCGUCGAAGCAGCAUGUGCUGAGAGCCCUAUGGACCUGCUCGCCUACAUCUGCGAGCUGGCAGGAGAGGACGUCCUCAGUCUCCACGCCAAAUGGCGAGAGAAGCUUUGGCAUGUGAAGGAUUAGCUCGAAAGGUAGAAGGCUGACGAAUACACCUCAAGGCCAUAUCGAAGAAACGGAAGCAUGAACGCGUACAGAGGACUUCUGGAGAAUACAACACCGAAAGCGCCUGACCAUAAAGACGCGACACCAUUGCGCGGCCGGGAAUGUGUUGAAUUUCCCGCGUUCAGCCUUCAAGAAGACGAAGACGAGUUUUGGGCUAGCGGGCGCGUGAGCGCGUUCUACCAGGAACGAAGGAGCCAUCUUGACGUUCUGGGCUCAUGCGGACGCUAAUAAACGCCUGUUUGAGCUUGUAAGUCCGCGUCGGCUGGUUUUUGUGCCACAUAUUUUACAACCUCAUUGCUUCAUAUUCUUACUCCCUUUUCUUGUUUCUGUGCCUUUCCUCUUUACAAGUUAUUUCGUCUGUGCAUCAUACUGCAUUCAUUUCAAAAUUUGAGAUUUCUCCAUGUCACUUGCACUACCUUCACCACCAUUCUGGUUUACAAGUGUAGUUAGCACUGAACUCUAGCCACUCACGCUGUGGGAGUUUUAAAUUGUGCCAUGUAAAGGGGUCCUGCAGCACCUUUCCAAGUCAUCAUAGAAUUGCCUCAUUAAUGAAGUUAAUUGCCUCAUGUCUUGGCAUGCUUUUUCGCAUCUUUCAUCCCGAUGAGCGUGUUGGAAGCUACACAGGGAGAUGACAGAGGGGUAAGAAGUUAAGUUAGCAUGCAUCACGGCCUUCAGAAUUUUCAAAUUUUUUUUAUUUGAGCGUGUUGGCUGCCACUACCACUUCAAACGAGCGCAGUGCCAGCACGUGACAGCCACAGCCCUUGGCAGCCAUUGGCAGCCACAGUACCUACAGUGUACUACUAUGUCACUAUACAUGUAUACAUGAUGCAGAAGUGGGACACAGCUGUAGUGCUUAAGUUAUGCCAAGCUGCGUAAGUACCUGGUGUGCACUGGCUUUGUCCUGCAUCAGCUUGACGAUGGAUAGUAACCAAAUCCAGGUUGCUUAUAUUGAAGUGGUUUCAAUCGGCUAAAAACCAAGUGGUAUCUGCCAAGGCGUCUAGCUCACGAGGUGUACGGAAGAGACCUAGUGUGCACUGGCAUGUGUACUAGUGUUGUAAAGGUGAUGAUAUGCAUUGUUAAGCACCAUAGUAGUGGGCCUGGUACAAGACAGGUGACUGGCUCAGGCUUGUGUUGUUUGAAAGGACAUGCGCAUAGCACACCGGGUGCCACCUCACAUGAAUGUAGGUGAAAUCGAAACAUUAAGCGGACAACCGUCAGUCAUGACCAGAAGUGCAAUAAUGGGAUACUUUUUUUGGUGUUUUUGAAUAUAAAGACAUAUAUUUUAUUUGUUGAAUUCAAAACAAACAGAAGAAAUAUUACCGAGGAUGUUUUUCGCAAAUCAUGGUAUCAACCAAUACCCUUGUCAAUUGUCACUCCUGCUUGCUGUGCAGUUUCCUAAUGGGAGAACGAGUGAUUUUCAGCUGUCUUUGACUUGAAGUUGUAAAUUCACGCUACAUGCAGUGCAGUAAUAAUGUGAGCCUUGACUACAGAUCAGCAUUUGCGGGGACCCUUUAAAUGUCACUGCAUGAAUACAUUCCAUGACCUUGAACUUCACAGCCUCAUGUAAAGUGCUCAGUCUGCAUAUGGGAUUCAAGCACAUAGCCUACAAAGACAGCUCUGUUGGGACACUGCAAAGAACUGGAACAGGGCUGAACUCUACCUUUGCACAUAGUAUACAUAUGUUUCCAGAAAUGUGCCCGAAAAUUCUCGAAAUAUAAAAGAAAUGCGGCAUUUACUGGCUACCUUUAUAACUACUUUUUCUAUGGUGGCAAGCAUCUUAAAGAUGACUGGGGACAUUAAUUACAGUAUUAAUUAUAAAAAAUAAAAUUAUUACCUUUUUACUAAUUCAAGGAGACGGGCAGUUGGGUCAAAUGGGACCAGUCUUUCCCGCGAAGAGCCCAUUGCUGCGUUACUUCCAAAAAGUAACCACUGGUAAUUUUUGUGGUGUGAUGAAAUUCAGCCAAAUUCACUGCAAAACUGAAACUGAAACAAAAUGUAAUUAUAUAGGUAGCAAGCAAAUAUCGCGUUUCCCUUAUUUUUGAGGUUUUUUGGACAAAUUUCUUGAAACACCCUGUAUGUGUCUGUAGCUUCACAUUGUCAUGUGUCAAACCCAAUCGGUGCUUGUGCUGCUUCAGUGUACUGCCUUUUUGCAUGUAACAAUGUGCUGAAAGCACUGGACUGGGUUUGACAUUGCAUCUUCAGAGAGUAAUAAACAUGUCAUGAUGUCAGGGCUUGCCUUAUGAAAUGAACAUAUUAAAAGCUACUGCCAAAUUAUGGUUUAAAUGAGAAUGGGCACGUAAUUUUACUAAGCACAUGCUCACAAAACAGCACUUUCAUGUCAUUGAGAAAACUAUUCACACAUUAUUUGGUGAAAAAUGUGUUUUAAUAUCCAAGCAUAUAGUGAUUCUGUUUAAGAUGUGUUUUGCAUUGUUUUCAUUUUGUUCAUAGUCUGGAAGGCCAUGUGCAAAGUGAAAUAUUAACCACAUAAUUUGGAAGAAAUUUUAAUGUUUUCAGUAGUGUCUUUGUGGCCAGUGUAUACUUGUAAGUUUGCAUACACUAGGCUUCUGAUUCUGCCUCUAUACUGUAAUCAAUUUGAUACAAUAAAGAAUUGCUGAACCACUUUUAAGUUUUGUUGUGAAUAAUAUGAAGUCUCA